AAAGUGAAAUCACGCUGAAUGAGUGUCAGCUGACUUUUGGUCAUAGGACUUUAGGCAAAGCAUCACAUUCACACAUACACAAAAGAUCAUUGACACAGCGCAAGACUUCAGAUAUCCACAGACAUUUUAACUCACUCUAACUCUGAACUUAUAACUAAUAUUUCUGAUUGCUUCUUAUUAUUUAUCACUGUGUGUGUACCUGUUACUAAUCCAACUCCGCAGAUAAUAUGCAUGUCUAUAUCAUUGACUAACAGACUAACAGCCUGGGGGCUGUUGCACUGACCAGUUUCAUGCUGUUUUAACAUUGAGCCUCAGUUGACCUUACAUUCCCUUAUUUCUGGGUUUGUAUGUGAAAACAAGAAAAUUCUGAAUCUUGUGGUUUUGCAUUAUUUUGGUGUUUUCAACCCCCCUAACCCUCCUGUGUCUUGUCGUAUGAUUGUAUAUAUGAGCAACUUUCUAUUUGCUGGGAUGAUUUGCCUUUUAAGCUCCAUGCUUGAUGCAUAGAUAUCUACGUGUUGAAUCCUCUGUGAGUGAGUUUCUCGGGACCGUCUCUAUGCGAGUGCAUUAUGUGGUGGUUUCAGCGAGGGCUGUGCGCUCUCCCUUUGGCUCUGGUUAUCUGGUCUUCAGCAACAUUCCUUCUCUCGUAUGCCACAGCGGUGGUGUUGGGCCAUGCCGACCUGCUCAUUCCAUACAUUAGUGACACAGGCACUGAGGUUCCUGAGCGCUGCGUGUUUGGCUUCAUGCUGUCAGUCUCAGCUUUCUUAGGUUUGGGCACUAUGUAUGUGCGAUAUAAACAAGUUCAAGCUUUGAUUUCGGCCUCUGAGUCAAGUUUACAGUUGCUCAACUACUCAGCUCUCCUCCUGGGCAUCUUCAGCACUGUAGGGAUGUGUGUUGUCGCCAACUUCCAGAAAACAGAUAUGAUAUCCAUGCACCUUUUGGGGGCGGGGCUGACCUUUGGCCCAGCUAUGUUGUAUAUCCUGGUUCAGACUGGCAUGUCAUACCGAAUGCAGCCGCGUUUCCAUGGCAGGGAUAUUCUGUGGGCACGCAUGGCUGUGGCAAUGUGGUCUCUCAUUAGCAUAAUUACAUUAUUCAUAUCCUCUGUGUUAAUGUAUGAUGACCUGUCUGGUGUGGAUGUGGCCAAGAAGUUACACUGGAAACCCGAAGAGCGAGGUUUCAUAGCACACCAGGUCAGCGCUGCGGCUGAGUGGUCUCUGGCAUUCUCCUUCAUCGGUUUCUUCCUCACUUACAUUCACGAUUUCCAGAAAAUAAAUCUGCGGGUUCAGCCUAUACUUCAGAGUAACCAUCUUUAUGACCAUCUUCACUAUCGAGGGAGAGAGCAAGUCCAACAAGGAGAACGCUCACCCCUAUUGGCUGGCACAAUCUGAGAAACUCUGCCACAUUAUGUCUGAUAUUUAACACUGCAGUGGACAUUUAAUAUGUGUUCAUUUCAAGAGACACGUUUUCCCUCACAAAUCUCAGUAUUCCAGGAGAGAAACUUUUUUAUUUUGAAGACUCCAAAAAAUGGCUUGACAAAUGCAAGUAGGUAUAGCUGCAGCCCGGAGAUCUCUAAAUGGUGGCGGAAUCUCCAAUAUAGGGCGGGGUGACUCCAGAAGGGAACGGGGUUACUCCUGAAGUAAGAAGACACUUCCACACAUGAUUAGGGAAAGGGUUGGGUUAGGUUAGGGGCUCUGUAUAUCUUUGCUGGUGGUUUGGAGCUCCCGCCCCUUUUUGGAGCUCAUCCUGCAGCUACAUCCUUCUCUAUAGUUUACGUCACCGCUGUGAACCCUGAUUUGCUAUUUGUUAUUACUAGUCAGAGUCUGGUGGUACAAGGAGGAGGGGAUAUUCUCAUUCUAGAGAGCCUUUUAUUGGACAAAAAUAUGUUUACACCUCUGAAUGCAAGAUAAGUCAUCAGUAUUUGUUGUCUGUUUUCCCCUAAAAGAAAGAUUGUACAUUUUAAAGUGUGCAUGUCUGAGUACACUAGUAUAUUGAUGGCCUCAAAGCUAACAGACAUGAACUAAAAGCCACACACACACACAAAAACAGAAUACUUGAGUCUUGAAUUGUACAAAUAUUUCACAUAUUUUAUAAACAGUUCAAUUGCAAAUGUACAAUUAUGCAAGUCUUUUUCCAUUUUAAUAUUAGAAAAAAUAUAUUUUACCUAUUUUUACAUCUUUUAGUGCUUUUACAGGCAUUUAAAAAAAUUGGAUAGAAAUUUGUUUAGUUUCAUAUCAAACUGAAUUUGUAUUGUUUUCAUUUAAAAUUCCUUGAAAAAAAAAUAAAAAAUACACUGAGAGAUCGAUA